ACUGUCGGUAUUCAUGAAGACGUAAAGGUGCCAAAAGACUACACCAACUGUCUGUGGAUCUGCCGGAAAAAAGGGAGCCAUGGAUUAUAUAAAAAACCACAACACUUUUCUCUCCAUCAUCAUUUUGAUAAUAAGCAGUACCUGCCACGCUCUUUUGGACAGAUUUCUGGAGGAGAACUUCUCAGAUCAUCUGAGCUCAGAAGAUGACAGCCAAUUUACCUUCUGUGAUUUUGAGUCACUGUGCCUCUGGACUUUAUCUAAUCACAGUGACCAAAGUGACUGGUCGGUGGUGUCACCACAGCAACCAGAAAGCGCGCAAGCUGGGAUGAUGCCUGUGACCGACCACUCAGUGGGAAGCUCUGAUGGGCACUUCCUUCUCCUAAGUUCCUCCCCUGCCGCAGAGGUCUCCGGAAGCUGUGAGUACCACUUAACCAGCCCAGUCUUGCCAGGAAGCGGCAGGAACUGCGUCUUGCAAGUGGCUUUGUAUGAGACCGUUCCAGCGUCAGGGAACCUCACGCUCCUUAUCAAGCCAGUUCUCUCAGGUUCAGCUGUUCGCUCUGUUGUUUUCAACCGCAGGAGACGUGAUGGCCGCAGAGCUGAGUGGGAGGUUCUGGAGACUGUGUUUGGUCAGGUGGACGAGCCCUUUCAGGUUACCUUGCUCUACACUGCCUGUCUGGGGAAAGAUGGAGCCACUGUGGCCCUUGACUCUCUGGUGCUCACAGACUGUGACUCUGAACACCAGGUCAUCGAGCUGGAUGCGGCAUGUGGGGAAUCUUUCCACUGUAAAAACUCAGGAUACUGCAUCGACCAGAGCCAAGUGUGCAACUUCCACACUGACUGUCCUUAUGGAGAGGAUGAGGGCUUUAUCUGUGGUGCUCUUCCUUCUGGCUCACACUGUUCAUUUGAGAAGGAUGCAUGUGGUUGGUCCAUGUCCAAUCAGCACCUGGCCUGGAGAAGGGUCGCUGGAGAUGAGCUUCUGGAAAAAGAAGAUAUGCAUGGUGUCGCGCUGCAGAGUACACCAGGGCAUUUCCUGUUUCUGCAGGUAAGAGAGAGCAAUUCCCUUCGAGAGGCGUCCAUUCAGAGCCCCUCUUUCCCUCCCACGGUCUCUACUACUGCCUGCCAGAUGCGUUUCUCUCUGUACCUCUAUGGGGACUUUGAUGGUUCAUUGCUGGUGGCCAUCGAGGAGAAUGGGACCACCACUGCACCACUGGUCUGGGAGAGAAAUGGUCAGUGGACAGACAACUGGGAAGAUGUUGCCCUGCAGCUGACUGGCCUUCAUCAUGGGUUCCACGUCAAGGUGACAGCUGUGUGGGGACAAGGCUCCAGUGCUGAUGUCGCUCUCGAUAACAUUGCAAUUGGAGCAGCCUGUUUCAACACAGAUCUCAACUCUCUCCUGCCCGUGGCGGACUUGGAGGAUUUCUUAAGCCCCCUUCCAGAGCCUUCGGCCUCAGAGGUUUCUUUGAUGACAUGGUGGUUUAACUCAUGUGGAGCCAGUGGUCCCCAUGGCCCAACCCAGGCCCAGUGUGACAGCACCUACAGGAACAAAAAUGUCAGUGUUAUUGUGGGGAAGGAAGGUCCCUUGAAAGGAGUCCAAACAUGGAGGGUACCUGCUACUAACAGAUACCUGAUAUCUGCCUACGGGGCUGCAGGAGGGAAAGGAGCCAAAAACCACAACAAACGCAACCACGGGGUCUUCAUAUCUGCCAUAUUUCCUCUUGAGAAAGGAGAUUUACUUUACAUCUUGGUGGGCCACCAGGGAGAGGACGCGUGCCCGGGGAGAAAUCCCCACACCCAGAAGAUCUGCCUGGGUGAGUCGUCAGUGAUUGAAGACAACCUCAGAGGAGAGGCCGGUGCUGAAUGGGCCGGGGGAGGAGGUGGAGGAGGUGGAGCCACCUACAUCUUCAAGAUGGAAGGAGGUGAGCUGGUUCCCUUGCUGAUUGCAGCUGGUGGAGGAGGAAAUGCCUACCUGGAGGACCCGGAGUCCAGCCUGGACUUGAUACCACUGGAGCAGUAUGAAAACAGCACCAUAGCUCCCAGUACCAACGGUCAAACUGGCCCUGCAGGUGGAGGUGGAGGCUGGAAAGACAGUCCCAGUCCUCACCUGAGCGCAGGGAAGUCUCUGGUGGAGGGUGCUGAGGGGGGGUCCUCGUGUUCCCUUGCCCUGUCCAAGCUCAGCUGGUCCACCUUUGGGGGUUUCGGAGGUGGAGGUGGGGCCUGCACAGCUGGAGGCGGCGGAGGAGGUUACAGAGGAGGUGACGCUGCGCUGACGGAUGAGAUCACAGCCGAUGGUCAAAAUGGAGUCUCAUUCAUCCAUCCAAUGGGAGAGAUUUUCCUUCAUCCUCUGGCAGCCAUGGAGAGUCACGGCGAGUGUGAGAUCAAGGUGCAGCUGAACUGCAGCCAUUGUCAAACGCAGAGCUGCAAACGAGAUGAAGACACUCACCUUAUCGUCUGUCUCUGCGACGACGACGACGAUGUACUGGCCAGCGACAACGUCACAUGUAUCGGCGCUGUAGCAGCUCCUCAAGGCCUGGCUCCGCAGGGCCAGAUGUCGACAUCUUUGAUCCUGGCUAUCGUGGUCUCCACCGUAGUGAGCGGCAUCGCGCUGAUCUGCGCCGGCGUUAUCCUCAUGUGGUACCGCAGGAAGAACGACCUGCACGCAGUGAGGGGGCGUCUGCAGAGUCCAGAGUAUAAACUGAGCAAGAUCCGUUCCUCCACCAUCAUGACCGACUACAACCCCAAUUACUGCUUUGCAGGGAAAGCCGCCUCACUCAACGAACUGAAGGAAGUGCCACGGAAGAACAUAAUACUUCUCAGGGCUCUCGGCCAUGGUGCAUUUGGGGAAGUCUAUGAAGGACAGGUUCUAGGGAUGAGCAGCGAUAACAAUCCCAUGCAGGUGGCCAUAAAGACUCUUCCAGAAAUCUGCUCUGAACAGGAUGAAAUGGAUUUCCUGAUGGAAGCGCUGAUCAUGAGCAAGUUCAGCCAUGAGAACAUUGUGCGCUGCAUCGGUGUCAGUCUGAACAUCCUGCCACGUUUCAUCCUGCUGGAGCUGAUGACUGGAGGAGACAUGAAGAGCUUCCUGAGACAGAACAGGCCAAGAGCUGGCCAGACCUCUUGUCUCACCAUGCGGGAGCUGCUGCGAAUGGCCAGAGACAUCGCCUUUGGCUGUCGCUACCUAGAAGAGAACCACUUCAUACACAGAGACAUUGCUGCCAGAAAUUGCCUGCUUACCUGCCCUGGACCAGACAGAGUGGCCAAAAUCGGAGACUUUGGCAUGGCACGAGACAUAUACAGAGCCAGCUAUUACAGGAAAGGCGGACGUGCCAUGCUGCCAGUCAAAUGGAUGCCACCCGAGGCCUUCAUGGAGGGAAUCUUCACCUGCAAGACUGAUACGUGGUCAUUUGGAGUGCUGCUGUGGGAGCUCUUUUCUCUGGGUUACAUGCCGUAUCCCUGUAAAACCAACCAAGAGGUGCUGGAGUUUGUCACCAGCGGAGGCAGGAUGGAUCCUCCCAAGAGCUGUCCGGGGCCUGUCUAUCGGAUCAUGACCCAGUGUUGGCAGCACUGUCCCGAGCACCGGCCCAACUUCUCUACUAUCCUGGAGAGAAUUAACUACUGCUCUCAGGACCCAGAUGUGAUCAACACACCCCUACCUGUGGAAUAUGGCCCCACCUCAGAGGACGAUGGUGGCUUAGUGCUCCGUCCCUCUGACCACACCUCCACCAGCCUCACUCCACUCCUGGUGUCCCGUCCUGUUUCCCAGGAUUCUUCUACCCAGCUGGGUCUCUCCUCUCUGGGCCUGGGUCCGGCCCCUCUUCCCCCACAGCCUACCAAACCCCGUCUGCUCCUCCAGAAAACCCAACCUGUCCACCACGAAGUGACGUCAUGCUGUGAGGCUCUGGAGCCGUCCUGGGCUGAGCCCGUACCAGCCCCCGCAGGAGGCCACUGGCUCCACCCUGAGCUUCCUCAUCACCGACCUUGCUCCAGGAACAGCUCCUCCUCAGGGAGCCAAAGGCUGAAGAACAAGACGAAGAACCUGUGGAACCCCACAUACGGCUCCUGGGUUUUAGAAAACUUCAGGGGGAAGAAAACACUUGCUCACACUCAGUCCAUGCCACUCUCAAGCUCCACUUCCUCCACCUCCAAUACACAGGCUCCUCAGACCUGCAACAUAACCUUAGAGAGCAACAAGGCUGGUUGUGACAGCGCCCAUCUCAGCCCCUCCAGUCUCUGCACUUCCUCAACUCCAUCCCCUUUCUGCCAGGCUCAAGCUGCCCCGAGCACGUCCUCCCAAAAGAACCCAACAGGUGGCACCACAAAAGCUGGCAUGGACCUGGCUAAGCUCCAGAGUUUCCCCUGUGGCAACGUCAACUAUGCCUACGAUGAGCAAAGCUACGAGGCGGAGAACCUGCCCUUGGUUAUGCCCAAAGCCCCAGAAGCCAUCACAAACACCAGCUCUGCCCCCAGUGUCUCCUCAGGGACUAGCCAGGCGUUAGGCCCGUAUACAUCCUCAUCAUGUAUGCCCAAGCUGCUGCUCAAGCGCCACGCCAGCUACGGACACGAGGACGUGAGGAGACACACUAAAGCCGAGAAACCAACACGCGACCGAGACUCAGGCUUUUCUCUGUCUGAAGACCUCAGUGUUACCCCUAUCUAAGAAACGGUCGCAGGGAUUUUGACUGAUAUUAAAAUGAAAUGGGCUCCUUUUUCUCACAACCUGAAACUAGAGAUUUCUGGAACGAAAAGCAUGACCACGAGGGCCCUGCCAUUGUCUGAGAGCCACUACAUCAAAUUAUUAGAGCUCCUGGAAUGCUGGAAAACACACACAAACACUCCUCUGCACUGUGAUAGAGAGUCAACGCUGGACUCAGAGCUCCUUCCUGGGCUUCUGAUACACUGGUAGCUGAACACUGAAGCUGGAACACAGCACGGCACGCAGCCCUGCGCUUUCCUAAUGUCGCUAUGGCUGGUGAUGGAUGCCAUAAAUAACUGCUGUAAAUGGACUCCUUUUCUACCUACUUGUUUUGGAUUUUUUCAUGAAAGCUUUGCCAGUAGUGUAUGUUGCAAUAUAGUAAACAAUUUAUUGGAAUUUGUAGUAUUCAGUGUACAGUAGGACCAUAACAAGCCAAAAAUCUUUCAUUUUAAAAUUAGAUAGAGCUACUAAAACUAUUUCAUUUAUAAUUUGUUCACCCUAAAUAAUGUGAAGACGUCCAACACACUGCAUUAACAUAUAUUUUCUACAUCGGUUCAUUCUUGACCUUGGAAACAGCAGUUUGGCUAAACUCGACUUACUUGGUCUUUCCAAAGCUUCCAGCAGCAGAUGAAGUUUGCUCAGUUGUUAUAGAGAUGGUUUUGUUGAUUGUGGAAUUUCGGUCACAUGAAGCGGUCGUACACAUAAAGUCAUAAAACCUGUUUUUUGUUUGAGGAUGGUCUGAGGUGUCAAGUGUGAAUCUUGACUCCUGGUCAGUGACUUUAACCUCUUCCCAGUUGAUGCUGCAGGUUUUGGUCUGGUCAGUCACUGCUGGUUUCCUGGAAACCUCACUUUGAAGACAAGACUCCAGAAAGUCACUUCUCCUAGGCAAGAAACAGUCCUUUUAAUAAACCCACUUACACACACUUUACACUUUGGUUUCAGUACGGCUUAAAACAAACAAGAUAUAAUGUGUUUACUGUGCUUUAGAGGUGCUAUCUGAUAUUUGUACCUUUGGGCAGAGCCAGCUUAACUGUUUUUCCCCCGUGUAGUCUUUGUGCUAAGUUAAGCUAACUGGCUAUUGACUGUAGCUUUAAGUUUACUGUGCAUACAUGAGAGUGGUAUUGAUGAACUAUUCCCUUAAGGUGUUGAAUGGCUUGUGGUAAGAUCUGAAUGUUCUGUAAGUGGAGAUUUCUUUGCCAAACUACAUAGAUCACGAUUUGGCUUUGUAUAUUUUUGACCAUAUUUUUGACUAUUCCAGGCUCUCUCACUCUAUUCCCCAAUAUUAACUCGAACUGCAGGUCUCAUCGAUGAAUAGACGUUGAGGAUGAUGACAAUGCAGCUGUGAAAAUAUUAGCUAUUUUUGUACUCACUUCUGUACACUGGACUAACCCAUUGCAUUUGUACCUGUUUUAUCUUUUAUUUGUUUUCAUUUAUGUUAAUGAUGGAUUGUUCUAUAUUUGUAGUUGAUCACUGCCAUUAGAUACCUCUACACUGCAUCUACUGACGUAGUGCUGGUAGUACUUAUGUUUACUCAGCAGGUGGAGGUAUUCAGCUUUGAUAUACCAAACAUGCUGCUGCAGGUAUCUCAGUUCAUACAUUUAAAAUGAUUCAAUUGUGAACAUCUCUAUUCAGUAUUUAUGUUUUCAAGUUACUCUUAUUUAAUUGUGUUGGUAGUUGUAUCCGAUAUUCGUCUUUAUUUUGAGCCUAACCAUGUCGAUUUAUUGUGUUUUUGAAUGAAUGGUUACAUUUAGGGUUAUAUAGGCUUACUGUAUGUUUUUAUGGGUCUGCUGAUGUUAGUGAGUGUUUAUCUCGGUUUCUCAACAGUCCACUUGAAAAUAACAUCUUUUAGAAAAGGUUCACAUACUUUUCUGAAAACGUUAAUGUCAUUUAGAAAUAUUGAUUACUGUGGAAUUUCUUUUAAAGAAAAUAAUCCUCGUCUUGCUCACUUUUUACAGCCUGGUGCAUUUUAUUUCACACUCACUGAAAAGUAGUUAUUUUUCUGCAUACUUUAUGUAGCUGAGGGUGUUCUGCCUCAACCAAAAAUGCAUUCUAUGCAAAAUACUGUAUUUCACACUUUAUUUUAACCUAUCUGUGCCCCAAAUAAAUCAACAUAUAUUGCUCUUAUUUGUGUGAUUUUGAUCAGUUUAACAGUUUUGGUUAAAUGGUACAAAAUGAAAAUGAGU